UAAAAACACAAAACAUAAUCAGAAACUAUUUUGAAGCUUACAUCUUGGUAUUUUAGCUUUAUUUUAAGAGCUUUUUGCCUGCCUGACUCUCGUUACCAUGGCAACCUGAAGUAACAAACAUUCCUGGGCCGCGUGGGGGCGAGAGGAGCCAGGGAGCGCCAGGCCACUUCAAAGGAACCUGCCACUGCCACAAGCAAGACAUGUAGCCCUGGGGCGUGAGAGAGUAGAGUCUCCAGUGUUUGAGGGUGAGCAGUGAGCUGACACACCCCCUGCUGCCCCGCUGUGGGAGGCCAGGGUCUACCUUCAUCCUACAGGUGUUCCCCGCAGGGAGUCUCCACCAACACCCAAGAUGAUUCUGUCACGUGCAAAACCAGCUUUGGGUUCCAAUGCUGGCGCUCAAGUCAGCGCUGGCACUAACAAGAAGGCUUUGCCAAAACUUGAAGAUUUCCUCAAGAAGAGAGACUUUACAGGGGCAAUCACUCUGUUGGAGUUUCAACGUAACAGUGGUAAUGCCAAUGAGCAGACUGACCAGUGGAUUGGCUAUUGUGCCUUCCACCUCGGGGACUACAAGCGAGCGCUGGUGGAGUUCCAGAAGCUGACAGUGAACCACAAGAACCCAGCGCCAGAGAACUGGAUCAGCUUGGCCUGCUGCUACUUCUACUUGGGCAUGUACCCUGAGGCAGAGGAGGCAGCAGAGAAGGCCCCCAAGUCAGCACUGCGCACCCGCCUUUUCUUCCACCUGGCUCACAAAUUCAAUGAUGAGAAGAGGCUCAUGAUGCACCACCAGCAGCUGGAGGACGUGAUUGAGGAUCAGCUUAGUCUGGCCUCCAUUCACUACCUGCGCUCCCAUUACCAGGAGGCCAUCGAUAUAUACAAGCGCAUCCUGCUGGACAACAGAGAAUACCUGGCCCUCAAUGUCUACGUGGCACUGUGUUACUACAAGCUGGAUUACUAUGAUGUGUCCCAGGAGGUGCUUGCCGUCUACCUACAGCACUACCCUGACUCCCCCAUUGCCAUCAACCUCAAGGCCUGCAACCACUUCAGGCUCUACAAUGGAAAGGCAGCAGAGCAGGAACUUAGGGCAUUGCAGGAUGUCACAUCGUCACCACUCACCUUUGCCCAAGACCUGGUGCGCCACAACCUAGUGGUGUUUCGUGGGGGAGAGAGUGCCCUGCAGGUGCUACCGCCACUGGUGGACGUCAUUCCCGAGGCUCGACUCAACUUGGUCAUCUACUACCUCAAGCAGACUGGUUGUGCCCUGCAGGAUGAGGUGCAGGAGGCAUACACUCUCCUCAAGGACCUGGAGCCCACUGUACCCCAGGAGUACAUCCUCAAGGGAGUUGUCAACGCUGCCAUUGGACAGGAAACUGGAUCUAGGGAGAACCUGAAGAUUGCACAGCAGUAUUUCCAGCUGGUCGGUGGCAGCGCUUCUGAGUGUGACACCAUCCCCGGCAGGCAGUGCAUGGCCUCUUGCUUCUUCCUCCUCAAGCAGUUUGAUGAUGUCCUCCUCUACCUCAACUCCAUCAAGUCUUAUUUCUACAAUGACGACACCUUCAACUUUAACUACGCCCAGGCCAAGGCAGCAGUGGGGGAUUACAAGGAGGCUGAGGAAGUCUUUCUUUUAAUUCAAAAUGAGAAGAUCAAGAAUGACUAUGUGUUUCUAUCCUGGCUGGCAAGAUGUUACAUCAUGAACAGCAAGCCCAGACUGGCCUGGGAACUGUACCUCAAGAUGGAGACAUCAGCAGAGGCAUUCAGUCUGCUGCAACUGAUUGCCAAUGAUUGCUACAAGAUGGGCCAGUUCUAUUAUGCAGCACGGGCCUUCGACGUGCUGGAGAGGCUGGACCCCAACCCAGAGUAUUGGGAGGGCAAGCGUGGGGCAUGUGUGGGCAUGUUCCAGAUGAUCAUUGCUGGAAAAGAACCCAAGGACUCUCUGGGUGACAUCCUGCAGUUGCUGAGAAAUACAGCUAAUCCGCAGGUGGAGGGCAUCAUUAGGGUCAUCAAGAAGUGGGCCAAGGACAACCACAUCCCAGUGUAGCACCAGCAACUCCCAUUCUGUUCACUUUUCAACCAUGCACACAUUGAAUGAUGUAGCAUGUACUCAGCAGGAUAUGUAUACGUAUGUGUAUGUGUAAAGCAGCACAGCUAAUUAGUGGUUAGGAAGCUCAGGUGAGACUCAAGAGGAUUCAGCCUGAAAUCCCAAGUUAUGUGGAGACAGUUUCAAAUUGUCUCUUUCAGCACUACAGCCUCUGUUCACCAGGUGGUGUGGGACAUAGGCCAAAGGCUUGGCUUAUAGCCUGGCAAGGAUAGCAGUCCCACUCUCUUCUGUGUGUGUGUGUGUGUGUGUGUGUGUGUGUGUGUGUGUGUGUGUGUGUGUGUGUGUGUGUGUGUGU